GUCAUAUCUGACAAUAGGUAUGAACAGCUUUUGACUAGGACAUUGACUCUUUCAGUCUAAACUCAAUUUAAUGAAGUUCAUUACUUCCCUAAUCAUGCUCGUUGAUGGGGCUAAAGUAUUCACUCUGGUUUAAUCCACAUUCCUCCAUUCUAUGAUUAACUGCUGAUAUGUACAAAAUUCCUACUCACCCCCCAUUCCUACUUUUUUUCUGGUAAUGUAAUUUUUUUUCUCGGUGUACAUUCGCAUCUAUCACAACGGCGUCAUUUGAUCUUCAAGAUGUUGGCCAGUUCUCUAUCUAAAAAGAUUACCAUAAUCAUUAUUGUUAUCUUCGUUUCAUAUCUUUCUUUCCGAGAUCAAUUAUGGUCUUUAGAAACUCCUGUCUUCCUCCAAGAGCCCCUCACUAGCUUCACUAUCAGUACCACCCAUACUACUCACAAUAACCCGAAUGAUUCUGCAAAUCUCAACAUUCCAAUCAAUAACGCUAUCAAUACCGCGAUAGUUGAAAUAAGCAUAGCAGAUAUAGUCCGCAGGUUGCAUGAAGCCGCACCACCAAAACUUACCGAAAGUGCCGCAUGUGUAGGCAAAACCCUUGGAAUCGAACAAGUCACAAAUGAUACAGAGCGUCGGGAUGUCACACCAGUAUCUGACGAACAAGUCGAAGCCGCAAAACUCGCACAUAAAUCUGCGGUAGAAGUAAUCCGAACCUCGACUCACCUAGUUCCAUAUAAAUCUGGUACCCAAGGGAUCGUAACUGUAGCAGGCGGGAGAUUUACCGGCGCAUUACUUGUCUCACUGCGCAUGCUUCGCAGGACAAAUUCUACAUUACCAGUGGAAGUUUUCAUGCCGAACCCAGAGGACUACAAUGAACAUACCUGUGAAGUAGUGCUACCGUCACUUAAUGCGCGCUGUGUUAUGAUUCCAAAAUACGAAGGCCUCACUAUUUCCAAAUAUCAGUAUAAGAUAUUUGCUGUUAUUUUGAGUUCAUUUGAGGACGUGUUAUUUUUGGAUGCGGAUAACUUCCCGAUUGUCGAUCCGGUUGAGUGGUUUAAGGCACCAGUCUUCAAAGACAAUGGCUAUGUUCUGUGGCCCGACUUCUGGUGGGCGACCACAUCUCCCCACUAUUUCCGAGUCCUCGAACUUCCUACGCCUUCUCUCCUCUCCCUCGGUACCACUGAAUCUGGUCAAGUAAUCAUGUCCAAGCGCACACAUAGCGAUGUCCUUCUUCUGGUCCUAUACUACAAUAUUUUUGGUCCCUCAUUUUAUUACCCUCUAUUAACUCAAUGCGAUGCCGGUGAGGGCGACAAAGAAACCUGGUUGUACGCCGCCAUUGCCCUCGAAAAGGACUACUAUCAAGUAAGGCAGCGAAACGGAGUCAUUGGGCAUCAUACCGCCGACGGAUUUAGAGGCUCUAGUAUGAUGCAACAUAAUCCCAGUGAUGAUUAUUCUACAUAUCUUCAAGAAGAAAAGGAGAAGAAAGAACAUCCAGUUUGGAGAAAAGAUGUUGAUGCCGAAGUAGUGUUUAUGCAUCAUAAUCUUAUUAAGUUGUCACCGGUUGAAAUGAUCAGUUGGAUAGCUAAAAACAAGGGAAGUAGAAUGUGGGGUAAUAAGGAAAGUACCAUGAAGACGUUUAAAGGACAGGAUCUAGAAAAGACGGUUUGGGAGGAACUUCUCUGGGUGGGGUGUCAGGGUGGAGAAAGUUUGGUCAAUUGGACUGAGGAGGUUUGUGAGGGAUUGAUGGGACAUUGGGGAGGUAUUGUGGCGAGGGAGGCGGAAGAGGAAAUUAGGAAGAUGUUUGGAGUCAAUAAACAGGCGGCGACAAAGGACAAAAAGGAAGAGUAAUGAUGGAAAAUGAUGGUUUGAUAUGGAAUUUAUGGGCAUUAUUCUGCUUCGUGUGGAUACAAUUUUGGAUGUAUUUUAUGGUGUUUCGAGCUGGGCUGGGAAUUGGAAGUAUGCUUACGCACGGCGUUGCAAAGCAACUUCGGGAUUUUUGGGAAAACGGCGUUCAGUAGGAUAUGUUACGAAAUUACGGUGUCUCCGCAUAGGCAGGAAAAGACAUAGAGAUCAGGGCCAGCAAUGUAGCUGGGAAUACCUAUAAGUCGAAUCUAGAAUAAUCAAUGAAGAAAUUGAAGAAGGAAGACAAAAUUCAAUCUUGCA